AGCAAUUGGGCCAUUUUGGACGGAAACCCUAAAAUAGAAGAUUCACUGUCAUCCCUAAUCGAGGGUUUUCAGCGGGAACCUAAAGCAGGAAGCUCCAUCAUCGCAUUCAGUCUGCCAAAACCCUGUGUUCGGUUUGUUACACAAUUUACAAAGAAAAAGCUUAUUCAGAUACCUAAUCGGCGGCGGAAUCCGGUGGGAUGGGGAGAGAAUUGCAGAAGCAGCCGCAGCAAGAGAUGGCCUCCGCGGUGGAGCAGUUGCUCGCUGUGAAUCCUUACAAUCCCGACAUUCUCCCUGAUCUCGAAAACUACGUAAAUGAGCAGGUCUCGUCAGAAACGUACAGUUUAGAUGCCAAUCUAUGCCUUCUUCGCCUUUACCAGUUUGAGCCAGAGAGAAUGAGUACCCAAAUUGUGGCUCGCAUCCUGGUCAAGGCUCUGAUGGCAAUGCCAGCUCCGGAUUUCAGCCUGUGUCUCUUUUUAAUUCCAGAACGGGUGCAAAUGGAGGAUCAAUUCAAGACUUUGAUUAUACUUUCCCACUAUUUGGAGACUGGAAAGUUCCGUCAAUUCUGGGAUGAAGCUGCAAAGAACCGUCACAUAGUUGAAGCUGUGCCAGGUUUUGAGCAAGCAAUUCGAGCUUAUGCUGUCCAUGUUCUUUCCUUAACUUAUCAAAAGGUUUCUAGAUCUGUGCUUGCGGAGGCAAUCCAGAUUGAGGGCCUAUCUUUGGACAAAUUUCUUGAGCACCAAGUUACAAACUCUGGUUGGAUUCUUGAGAAAGGUCAUGGGAAGUGUCAACUUAUUGUUAUACCACCCAACGAAUUCAACCAUCCUGAACUGAAGAAGAAAUCAUCCGAUAGCAUUCCCUUGGAUCACAUUACGCGCAUCUUUCCGAUUCUUGGCUAAACUAAGCCGAUCACCGGUAACUAAUGCUGUUGCUUCUAUACAUUUCGUAUUUGUUCUCGUCGCUUCUUUUUCGGACUACUGUGGGGCUGCUGCUAUAUUAUUGUCCAAUUUUCCAAUUAUGCCAUAGAAAGGAGAUUACCCUUUAGGGCAGUUAGCUUGAUGUUUAUAUUUUGUACUUUAAUCAUGCCAUUUCAUAAUGGCCAUAAGGUCAUGAAGGGUGCGCCGUGGUCAUGAGGCGAGGCGCCCUGUGUAAGAUGGCUCUCCUAAUUUUGAGAAGUGUUUUGCUUAAAAUUAUUAUUGACCGUUCUUUGGUGUUGCAGACUUGAGUUCCCUAAAGAGCAUGUUUGGCUUA